AUGCCGUUAGUAAAGUGUCCGAUUCCUGUCACUGGUGUGCAUGGACGAUAUGCCGCUGCGCUUUAUUCGGCCGCUGUGAAAUCCAAAUCACUGGAAAAAGUAGAAACCGAGAUAAAGGAUAUACAGAACGAGUUCUUGAAAGAUCCGGGCUUUAAGAACUUCAUCGUAGAUCCGUUUGUUAACAAACGGGAGAAAAAGAAAGCCAUCGUUCAAGUUCUACAGAAGCUGAAUGCCAUGGAUAUUACCCAGAGAUUUUUUGGUAUAGUCUUAAACUUAUUGCCGGCUUUGUUCGUUUUAAGUUGA